UUUGUUGUCUUCUCUUACUGUCUUUGUGCUGUAGUGUAGUCCCUUUAUUUAAGGUAGUCCCUCAGCUAUUGACACAUCAUUGCCUGUAGUGAAAUGGCUAAGAACAACCCAGUGUCCUUGAGUUACCUGCGAGGGGAGGGGGUGACCGAGUCGCUGUCUCCGCCUGCCGCAGGGAGCGUUCUGGACCAGAGCCUGGAGAGCCUGCUGCACCGCCUGCGCGGCCUCUGCGACAACAUGGAGCCGGAGACCUUUCUGGACCACGAGAUGGUGUUCCUGCUGAAGGGGCAGCAGGCCAGCCCCUUCGUGCUACGGGCACGGCGGUCCAUGGACAAAAGCGGGAUGCCUUGGCAUUUGCGCUACCUGGGUCAGCCAGAAAUAGGUGACAAGAGCCGCCACGCGCUGGUGCGCAACUGCGUAGACAUUGCUACUUCAGACAACCUGACGGACUUUCUGGUGGAGAUGGGCUUCCGCAUGGACCACGAGUUUGUGGCCAAAGGGCAUGUGUUCCGCAAGGGCAUCAUGAAGAUCGUGGUGUACAAGAUCUUCCGCAUCCUAAUGCCAGGAAACACAGAGAGCAUUGAGCCACUCUCCCUCUCCUACCUGGUGGAGCUCAGCGUGGUAGCACCAGCAGGACAGGACGUUGUUUCUGAUGACAUGAGAAACUUUGCUGAGCAACUGAAGCCUCUAGUGCACCUGGAAAAAAUUGACCCCAAAAGGCUAAUGUGAUUGAAAAACCGGGCAGUUAACGCAUUGGUUUCUGUUAGUGUUGCUGAAGAGGGUCUUUCUCUAAAAUUCCUUUUGAGGGCAAGUCAAAACAGGGAGGGGGAAAUAAAGGGCUACAUGUCAGUGUUUUGUCAGUUGCA